AUGUCUUCGGAGCGCAAGACAAGGAGCACCAAGAGGGUCAAUGAAGACAACUUCAAGCAAAAUCUCGAGGCUGCAGAGCCUGAGAAGAAGAAGCAAUGCUAUGGGCAAGCCCCAAUCAUCAAGAAUUUGUCGGAGAUUGUCAAGGUCUCGAUGCUUGAGUCCGACAAGACCAAGCCUGAGGCCAAGCUUUCGUGCAUGCAUGGGGAGGCGGGUCAAGCGUGUAAGGAGGAUUAUGGGGCUUGUGCAUCCAAGGAUCUACUCCCUUUUAUUGCCCAUUACAAAUGCUUCGAUGUUUCGAAGAAGGAGAAAUUUCCAAGCCCCGAUUUCCUGCAUUUCUGGGGAACCGCAGGCUGGUCGUUGCAUGGAUUUUCUGCUACAAUGAAGGUCGGUGGGGUGAUGGAGAAGGUCGAUGCAGAGAACUCAUCUUGUCAGAACCUUGUAAAGGCCUGCAAGUCACUGAGCUCUGUCAAUCCCGAUGAGAUGAAAAUCCAGCACAUCCUCCGUGCGAUGUUCUCGGUGGAGAGCCUGUGGUCCAAGAUCCCUGUAGAGGACUACUGGAAGUUUCUAGCUGACCUGAGCACAUCGCAAGAAGUCCUUGAUACCGGGAUGGAUGAUUUCGUCUUAAUAGUCAUGUGUAGUGCCCAUGCCUACUUCAUCCGGGAGUUUGAUCGCAAGGACUUAAAGGAUGACCAUCUGAACAUGUAUCAAUGGAUGCAUUGUACCUUACCAGAGCUCAUUUGCAAGGGGUUUAAGAAUUGCAAUGAUCUCUACAAUUCCUACAUAAAGUGGAUUUCGAAGAAUUUUGACAUUGUCGAUGCAAAAUCUAUAGACAUGUUGGGUUACAUCAAGGUGAUCGUCAAUUACUAUUGCUUCAGCUUCCUUCGAUACUCGGACAAGUUCACCCGUGAAUAUAUGAAGACAGUGGCUCCCAAGGGCAUGAACGUCGAUAUUGUAGAUAGUGCAUGCCUUGUGAUGAGGAAUGUUCAGUACAUGAGGUUCGAACCCAUGGACUACAUCCUCUUUGUGAAUUACGAUACCAAGUCAAAGGAUGACUUCGAUGCCAUCUACCUCAAGCAGAUCAUCAUGGUGGACAAUCCCUGUUGCUCCAGCAAAGGAUUCAACACACUCUAUUUCUUCCAUGGCGAAUUCUUCAACGAGAUGCAAGAGGUGUUUGGAGAGAGCAAGAAAUUUAGCCUCUUCAGCAUGGAACAGCUCUUUGGAUCCUACUUCAAGGCCGGGAAGGAUGUCAGAUACUUGCAGGCAACCAUGAUGGUCCUCAUGGAUAUGAUAAGCAAGAACUCGAUCUUUCAGGUUAACUUGAUUGGGAGUGUGGAAGAAGAUUCAUAUCAGUACAACUUCUUGUUUGUACCUGCUCAAGAUCCAAGAAUCAACUUUUUGCAUGAUAAUGUUGCCGGAUCCAUGAAGAUCAACCAGAUCGGUGCCAUGAAGGAGGGGAUGAAGACUAUAGAGUCCACUGCUCUAUUGAAUGAGAAGUGUACCUUGAGGUUCUACCAGAUCGACAGGAACAAGUUCAGCCCGUAUGGUGUAAUGAAUGCCAAGAUCAGCUUGAAGGAGUCCAAGAUCAGGGAGGGUUAUAAUGCCUUGGAUUUCAGAGAUGAUAUCGUACGCAUCAUCGAGAAACAGCUAAACCCGUACGCCAAACUCUGUGACAAGCCAUGCUUCUCCAAGGAUGCAAGGGACUUUACAUCUGACAUCAAGGAGAACUUCGACUUCAAGGCUAUCAACGAGACCAAGGUCACUGAGAAUAUGAAACCUAUCAACCUGAUAGAAGCCGUCUGCAAGGAGAUAUUUCCAGUGCUCAUGAACAUCAGCUGCGGGAGCGAGGUUGGAAAGAUCAUCUGCCGUAUGAGUGUGCUGAAUUUGAAGAGGAUGAUGAAAUGCUUCUUCUUCGAUAACAACUCUACGUUUCAACUUGUUAAGAGCAAUGAAAAUGCCUUCAGUUUUGUUGCUCAAUGCUACAAGAAGAAAGAAAUCGUUGAGAUCGUCGAAUCAGAUGACAAAUCAGGCAAGACAAAAAUGGAUGAUCCCAUUCCAAAGAAGAAGGCUGAAGAACCCAAAACUAGUCUUGAAGCCGGUGCAAAGAAGGAUGAAAAGGCAAAGAAGAACCCGGAAGAGAUUGCAAAGGAAGCUCCAGAGCAAGCUUUAAAGACUGAUGCAAAGACUGAUGCAAAGGAAAUUCCAAAGACUGAUUCAGAACCUGUGCAGGAAAUUCCGGAUUUCGAUAUGAAGGUGAUCCAAGCCGCCAUCAGCAAAAAGAUUGCUAGUAGUGCAUCAAUGAUCGAUCCAUCGAAGAUGAAUGAGAUCUUCUCGGAAUGCAUGAUGGACUGUUAUUACGACGUCAUCUCAUCGGAUCCAAAUCUCAAGGCCAUCGUCGAAGAUAUCAAGAAGGAUGUCAGCAAGUACGAGAUAGCCAUCAAAUUGCUAGAGAAGAAGAUCCAUGAUAUCAAGUUGGAGAUAAGGAAUAAGAAGGUGAACGAAGAUCUCAAAAAGGAUAUCUACAUGCAGCAGGACGGUGAUGAUGAAAUCGUCAUCGGUCAAGGAAAGAAGUCGCUGAGCAAGGAUGAAAUGGUCCACCUGGCAAGGAAAGAAGGAGUUUCGACCGAUGCCUACAUCCAGGGAUGGAGGAGCCAAGAAUGGUACUGUCAGUGCUCUGACACAAAGAAGAUGGGCAGGGUCAGGCUCAGCCCUCUCUAUGAAACUCCUGACAUGAAGACCCAUUGCUGCGAGACCUGCUACAAGAAGCAGCAACUUUACAUACUUCUCAACGCCCCCUGGAAGUUCAAGUUCAGCGAGUUGAAAGAGAUCGGCAAUCAUUACCCCCAUCCAAAGAACUACGACCUUCUGAGGCCAAUCGAUGGCUAUACCAUCUUCCAGUGUGAUUUGAACCUCCUAGACAAGGUCCUUACUCUGAAUGCCUUCACUCUCCGGGACUUGAUGAUCAUGUACGUGUCCCAUUUGAUCAAGAAGAAGAAAUACGCAAAGGAAGACUACAAGAAGGCAUGGAUUGAUGUAACUUCCAUGCCAAAGGAAAGGCUUGUCGAUGCUUUGGAAGAAGUCAAGACCUACAUCAGGAAAUUUGCAGAUUUCUACUACAAAAUCGCUCGCUGA